AUGUCACCUCAAAUCCUUCUUGACGAUGAUGAAAAUGACAGCAAACGGCGGGCGCAAGCUGAGGACGCGGUCCAGGCACUGCCUGCUCCUCGUCGGCGGGGGCUAGCAUCAGCGGCUAUCCUUAUUGCUAAAGGUUUCUGGUCGCGCGCAUCCAAUGUCAUUACCGCAGCUUCUAGGGUUACCAACUCGGCUGGUCAGGAACAGCAGACCUUCCGUCGACAGACUCACGAGACCUCGGAUCUGGUGCUCCCCGGGGAGUUACAGGUAGCUCUGGUAGUUGACCAGCUCCGAGACCUUACCGCCAUCAACUACUGCCAACAGGGCGACAGCGGCUGCCAUAAUGAGGAGGCGCUGCGCCGCCGCGCCGCCAACCGAACCGACCCGGGGGUCGUUGAGGCGAUACGGAACUGGUGGAAGUGGCUGCCAAAGGUGCAGACGAACGUGAUUGCGGUAGUGGCAGCGGCGGCGCCGCCACCGCCGCCGCUGCCGCCGGCUUCGCCGUAUCAGGGCGUCGAGGAUGUCGAUGACCGUCAAUUGGAAGCCGGCGGGGUAGUGGAUGGGUCGGUUCUUCCGGCGGAAACGGAAGCGGCGGAAGCGGUUGACACAUCUCACCGCCGGCGUGACGACGGCGGGGUGACAGCGGCGGCCGGCUCGGCGGUGGCGGAGGGGGAUGAGAGAGGUGGCGACCCGCGUCUCCCUCUUCCCCAGCACCAGCAGGGGUCAGAAGGGCAGGGGAUGGCGGCAGAGGCACUCGGAGGCUGUUACCAGCCCCCGGGGGAUGGUGAAGAGGCGCAGGACGAGCAGGAGAUGCAGGAGGAGCACCUCCGUAACUCGGGCGCACAAAGCGGGUCCGGGGUCGAAGAGCCCUCCGGAGUUUCUGGCUUGUCUGUUGGCAGUCGUACAGCGCCCGCCAGUUCAUCUGCUCAACUGCUGGUUGGGGAGGACGCAGCCGCCGCCGUCGGGGGGGCCGCCAGCACUAACAGCAACGGUUUUUUAGGAGGUCCCGUCGGCCUUCAAGUUGCCGUACUGGACGAGCCCAUCUACUCCGCCAUGGUGGUGGUAAUUACCUGGGUAUUACUGCCGCGUUUCGGGAUCCGAGCGGAUCCCGAAUACGACCCAUCCGAGGACUGGUUGGACGACAAUGAAGGACUCCCCUACAUGGAUUUCAAGCACUUUUCCAACUCUCUGUUUGACCUGGCGGAUGCUUGGUCCCGGGGCCCGGAGGCCGUCCUGUGCCAGGAGCUGCUGGCGCCAGGGCCGUACAAGUCAGCGCCGUACAGUCAUCCUUCCCGCAUGCCGUCGCCGUCGCCCUCGUCGGACGGCCGUCGCGACACGGCGUUCAAGAUACCUCAGUACAAUCGGAUAGACGUGUCAGGUGUUCGCUCCCCGCUUGCGGACUACUUUCACAGCGGUGUACCGCGGCCCGACGCAGCUACUCUGGAGCAAUGGCGGCGGAGCCGUACGAGUAACAGUCGCCGUACUGUACGGGGAGAUGGUCGUGACGGAAAUCAAUCCGUGCAGCUCCGAGGCCGUUCCCCUCCGGCUGUGGCUCUGAGCGCCGAGGCCCUCGUCGGACAGCAUUCGCCUGGGGGCGGCCGAGAAGGCGGUGACGGCGCGGUGCUGAUGUACGAAGAGUACAUGCACGACAUGGCAUCACGUUACUUGGCGCAGCAGCGGAAGAUGCUAGUGGCCACGUCAGCCGGCGCAGCGGCGGCGGCAGGGCAGCUUCUGGCGGCAGCCGGGGUGAUGACGGACAGUGCCUGGGAGGGCGACGGCGACGGUGACUGUGAGGGCGCUGGUAGUGCAGCAGCUGCUGCCGCGGCGGCGGCGGGGGACUGUCCCGUCUCUAACCCCUUCACGACAAUGUCAUUGCGACCCGAAGGGUGGUCACAGGACGCACCAGACACCGCUGACACCACGGAGCUCAGCGCGUUCGCCACCGCCGCUGCGGCAGCGGCGGCCGCAUCGCCCAAUUCGACGCACCUACGCGGUGGCAGCGGCCUGGCUGUAACCACCACCAAUAGCACUUCGCCGGUCGGCGGGAUCUUGGCCGCCACACAGCUUCCGGUGUGUGUAGUGGGACGUGCCGUAGCGCCAGCGGAGCCGCCGUCACUGCCGGCAUGUACGAGUGGUGGCGGCGGCGGCGGCAGCCCGAGGUCCGGCAGCGGCUCCCGCGCCGCUAGGAGCCCGUUCCGGCGGCAAAGCCGAACGUGCUCGUCACCCACCGGUGCCGCCGUCGUGGCCGCCACCGCCACCGCCGCCGCCGCCGCCGCGGGCGCUACAGCUUCGCCAUCAGAGGAAAACGGCCUCCCUCCGCAACAACCAUUGACACGUGGGGCUCUGGAGGCGGCGUCAACGGCAGCGGCGUCACGGCCGGCGUCUCCGUCCCACCGCGGCGACGCAAGUUUGGGAGCAACCACUGGCGGCGGGGCGAGUCCGCACGACGAUGUGCUGCAACAGCAGGUCUCCGCUGACGGUUCCGCCGCCGCGUCGGCGGCUUUCGCCCAGGCGGAGGCGCAGGCGCAAGUGGUGAUGGCCUUCGCCACUGCGGCGUACCGGCUGGCUGACCCCAAUGUGCAUUCCCUGCUGCUGCCUGAGCGGCUGACCCCCCCGCCAUCACGUGAAGGCGCCCCACGGGCCCGUGCACAUGUACAACAAAACACGCACUCCCAUUCUCUCGGCCAAGCGUCGUCCAAUCGUAUGUACGGCGGCGCCGGCAGCACUUCCUCGCCGUACUCUCCAUCUGGCCGGGCGCGGCCGCCGACGGCGCCCAGUGGAGCGCUUCAUUCGCAUCAUCCUGCCGUACUGAACGACGUGAUCGUGCAACACGUCGCUGGUGCAGGCGGUGACGGCAGCGGCGGCGCGUCCGCACAUCGAACUGUUGCUUGGCCGCAGGUCCCGGCUUGUACGGCCUCCGAGCACCAGGCUGGUUUGCUCCCGCCGCCGCCAGCCGCCUCUGUCUCACCUCCGUCGACGCCCCCCCCCGCCGGCACCCGCCGUCCCUCCACCGCAGUCGCCGGCGGCGGCGCUAUCUCUUCGGUUGUGCUGAGCCCGCUAUCGCAUUCGUUCACCAUACAACCCAACACCAGCACCAACAACCAUUUCUGCAGUUCACUCAGCAAACUCAACUCCAACCACAUCCGCCGUCGCAGCAACAGCAUCAUGCUCAGCUACACCCUCAACGCCAAUACACACAAUCCUCCCAAUCGGCUACAGCGGCUCAGCCGAACCCCGGCGGCGGAUCCGGCGGUGGCGACGGCGGCGGCGGCGGAGGAGGAGGGGGAGGAGGAGGAGGAGGAGGAGGGUCCAUCCGCAUUAAAACUCGCCCUCCUUCUUCUCUUGCCGCCGCCUCGCGAACAUUCUUAUCCCGCGGCUGCUUUAGGGUCGCACGGCGAACGCGCGUCCCUCUCCAGCCCGCUGAUGGUUCACGCGGGGCCCUCCGGCGAGGGCACCGCCGGCGGGUCCGUACUGUCGCCCACCGCGGCUGCAGCGGCCAGCAACAGCCGGCGCGGCAGCCGCAGCAGCGGCUGUGGUGAUGAGGCCUCAUCCGCCGCCGCGGCGGCAGCGGCGGCAGGUUUCUUACGGUCUGUUGUCGGGGAGGCGCCGUCAGGCCUGGAGGCGGCUAGCGUCGGGGCCGGCAGCAGCGGCGGCGGCGGACCGCAUGCCUUCGCCAUGGCCCGGCGGUGCUCCCACACACACGAGUACGGCACGCAUCCCGGUAAUACCGCCCACGCCGUCGUGGCGUCGUCUUCGUUGGCGCCGUCGUCGUCUUUGGCGUCGGCAGCGGCGGCGGGCUGUGAAGUGAUCCGCAGUCCCGUACGGAUUCGGAGCAGCGACCCCGUCGGCUUUGCGGAUGCCGUUACAGCCGCCAGGAUGAAUGUCGCCAUCAUGGCUGACGAGCUCAUGCACCGCCAAGCGGAGCAGCGGGCCCAGGCUAAAAUGGGGAGGGAUCGAACCCUGCACCUGCGGCCCUCGACCGCCGCCGCAGCGAGGCGCUGGUUCCCCAACGGGUUUGGCGACUUCUUGGCGGCUCGUACGGCGGCUGGUGUGACCAUGGGAAGGGGGGAGGCGGAGGGCGUGGGGAGGGGGGUUGCCGGAGGGGGCGCGGCUGCGGGGCAGAGCGGCGGCGACGGCAGCACUAAUGGGGAGGUGGCGGCGGUGGUUUCGGAGCGAUUUGGAGGUGUGAUCCCGCCGCCUGCGAUGUGAGGGGGUGUUGUGAAGGGUUGCGGGAGAACGGUUUCGUGGGUUUGGGGCUGUGGGGGUUGUUCGUUAAGACCCGGGUUGUGAGGUCCAUAUUAUCUGUGCAUGUAUGACAUGCAUGUAUUUCUUUAUGAGCCGCACGGGAAAUGCGUAUUGUGCAUGUAUGUAUGCGUAUGUAUAUGUUUUCAGAGUGGAGUUUUUGAUGACGCGCGGGUAAAUAAUGUUGUAUAUGGCAAAGGUGUCGUACGCCCACAGCCGCACUUCCUUGUAGUUGUUGCACUGCAGAGGCUUUGGUUUCUGUUUGUUAGUUGUGCUGACGGGCCCCCCUUUUAUUUCCUCAUGAACUUUCUUAGGCGUGCCAAGCCCAGGUGAGCGGGGUGGGUGGGGGAACGACAACGUCCUCGCUCGUCCUCACUCCUCGCCGCAAUAGCCCCCAUAUUAAUAACCGCUCAUGGGCUCCUUGGGGUUGU